AUGGCAAAUGAAGAAUCAAAGAAUACUAAAGAUGCAAAAAAGCAAGAUAACAAUAAUAAUAUAGAGGGUAAAAAAAGCACCUCGAUCGAAUCAAAAUCACCAUCAAAAAGUGAUAACAAAUCAACAAACAACAACAAUAACAAUAACAACCACUCACAAAAAUCAUCUACUUCAUCAAACAAUAAAGCAAUAAAACCAACUAUGGACAAAUACAAUGACUUAAAAAAGAAAUUAACUCAGCAAAUACUAAAGAAACAAGAAAUCAAUCAAAAACUACAGAAACUAGAAGAAUCAAUAUAUCAAAAAGAAACUGAUUAUUUUGAAGAAAGUACAAUAGGUAAUAUAGUUAAAGGAUUUGAAAAUUAUUCGAAGAUAAGUGGUGGUAGUAGUAUAGGUGGUACAGGACUCAUGGGAAAUAAAAGAAGAAUUGUAUAUACUGAAGAUGAUCAUAUAUUCAGUUUGAGUUCGAUAAAUUUUAUUAAAAGAAUGAAUAAAAGAAAUGGAUCUAAUUCAACUUAUGUAAUUAAUGGAAGUACUAAUGGUACAGAAAAUGGAAGCAUAAAUAACAGUAACAGCGCAACUACAAAAAAUUUAAAUAAUACACUACAAACCAUAAUAAAUUCAAAAGAUGAUUUCGAUGAGUAUGAAGAUUCAGUUGAUCCAACUAGUGUAAAUCUUGGUAUUAAAAUUACGCCGUCAGCCAAUGACAACAAAAGUGAUAGUGCCUCAAGUACUCCAUCAAGGAAAAGAAAAGCAAGAACUAUUGAAGAUUAA